AUGUCAAGCAAUAACUCCACGGUUAGAGUAAAACAAGAAGAAACCAAUAAUCAUGAGCCUCAAUUUGACUAUUUUCCCCUUCGUGCAUGCACCAAGGAAGACAUUGAGGAGACGAGAUAUCAUAUUAUGAAAUUUCACAGCAUGAAGCCAGUACAUCUAUCGAAGGAUUUUGAGAAUCCGACCCGGUUGCAUAGAAAAGAUCCCAAAAAUUUACAAUUUCAACUUUCACUAAAGGAGCUUGAAGAAAAACGGAAGGAGGACGAGAAGAAAAACGCACAGAAAAUUCAAAGGCGUCAAGAGUACAUUAGAAAAAAAGGUAUAAAAGAAAGCGAGAUGACGGAUGAACAGAUUGAUGAAAAGAUAGAGCUAGAAAAAGAGGAGGCAGAAAAACUCGAGAAGGAGAAAGAAGAAAGGUUAAAACAUAUUGCCCCAGAUGGAGGUGCCAGAAAAAGAAAGCAGGUAAUUAAACGUAAGACGAGGCAAAUAAGGGCUUAUGAUGAAGACAAAAGAAGGCUAAGAUACGAGGAGUUUUAUCCAUGGGUUCUAGAAGAUUAUGACGCAAAGCAAGCAUGGGUCGGAAACUAUGAGGCGGGUGUGACGGACAAUUUUUGCCUAUUAGUUCUGGAUAACGCAAAUAAGUGUUUUAAACUUGUUCCCUUGGAUAAAUAUUACAGAUUCACUCCAAGAAACAAGUAUGCUACGUUAACAUUAGAGGAAGCUGAGGCUAAAAUGAAUAAAGGUAGUAAUGGCCAGCGUUGGUUGAUGAGGAAAAUGGCAGAUGAGGCUGCAAGUGGUCAAAGAGUUGAUUUACGUUAUAGAAAGCUUCAGACAACUUCAAAACAAGAAAAGGAAGAGGAUCCUACUGUGAAGAAAUCGGAGGAUGAGGAUAUGGACUUUGAUGAUGAGUUUCAGGAUGAUGAGGAAGCGCCAAUUAUACAAGGAAACGAGGCGGAAAACAAACUUGUUGAGGGUAAGAUGAAAAAAAACAUGCUACGUGCGAACAAUUUGAUAGAGCAUGAUGAAGACUCAGAUUCAGAUUUGGAUGAUUUAUUUGAGGUUAGAAAGGUUGACAAAGAAGGUAAAAAGCUUCGUAAAGCUCUAGCGCAGAAUGCUAUGAAUGAAGUUUAUGACACGGAUGAUGAAGAGGACAAUAACCCUUAUUUAUCAGAGAGUGAAAUUGAAGAGGAUGACAGUGAUGGGGAGGAGGACAAGAUUAUUACCAUAAAGAAGGAGCCUGGACUUGAUGGGAAAUUGCGCGAAGAGAUCACAGUUAAAAAGGAAGAUGGUGAUACAACCGAAAUAACCUCUACUACAAGGCAAGAACAAAGGAAGGUUUUUGUGUCCAAAUACUCAGAUGGUGUUUUAACUUUGAAGGCACCAAAGAUUAUAUUAAUGCAAUUUCCAGGAGGUGAAUGGAAUCCAACAACUGCUAUUAGAAGAAAACGCCAUGAUAAUUUCGGCGAGGAGGAGCAUCCACCUUUGAAAAAAAUUAAACUCAAGCUUGGGCACAAGAAAGCCAAUUCGCAGUCUCCUGAUUCAAGACUUCAUCAGAUAUCCAAGGCUGACGUUGAUGAACUUCUUCGAGAUGGACCUAUACCAUUAACGACUCUUGUGAGAUCCUUAAGAACGAAGAUGAGUAAGGAUCCAAAUGCUAGGUCAAAUUUAAAGCACGUGUUGAAGGGUCACUUUACAUUAAGAAACAAGAAAGUUUAUCGGAAGGGUGACUGA